AUGCUUCGAGACAGGAUCUUCAUUGGAGUGUUAGACAAGAAGCUGCAGCAGAAAUUGUUAUCCAUUAUCAACUUAACCCUGGAGAAAGCCGUAGACAUGUGCAGAGCAUCAGAGCUAGCAAAGGCGCAAGCUAAAUUCGGCCGUGACGGAUUCUCUUCGCGAGAUGAAACUGGCGAGGAAGGCGGAUACGCGACGGAUGGCAGCGCUAUCGACGGAAGCUCGUCGACAGCUACUAGAGCUAAAGCGACGUUC